UCAUAUCUUUUGUCCAUUUUUUAUUAGAUGUUUUCUUCUUAUGAAUUUUAAGAAUUCUUUGUAUAUUUUAGAUUAGAGCUUUCAUCAGAUAUAUCUUUUGCAAAUAUUUUCUCCCAGACUAUGGCUCAUCUUGUUCUCUUGAUGGUGUAUUUUUACAGAGCAGAAGUUUAAAGAGAAUGGAAUCUAGCUUAUCAGUUAUUUCUUUCAUGGAUCCCCAUCACUUUUUUCUUUGAUGAUCUUUUGUUGAUCGAUUGAUUUGCUAUGCGGCACAUGGGAUCUUAAUUCCCCAUCCAGGGUUUGAACUGACACCCCUUGCACUGGAAGCACAGUUUGUGUGUGUGUGUGUGUGUGUGUUGAGGAAUAGCAAAUUAACAAUAUUGUGACAGUUUCAGGUGGACAGUGAAAGGACUCAGCCAUACAUAUACACAUAUCCACUCUCCCCCAAACUCCCCUCCCAUCAAUACUGCCACAUAACACAUAACCAAAAUAAUUAAGAGUGAUAAAUAAAGGAGACAAAUAGAUAAUGCUCAGUAACCAUAUGAUAAUCUGCAUGUGCAAAAUCAGACACCCUCAAGUGAUCAAGGGCUUACAAGAUUAUCUGGUGCUAUCCUUCUAUGUAGAAAGUAAAUAUUUUAUUGUUUGUACUAAAAAUAUUUUUUUCAAUUUAUUUUUUGGCUGUGCUGGGUCUUAGCUGUGACACUCAGGACCUUUGCUGCCAUGUCUGCAGGCUCUUUAGUUGUGGCAUGUGAGAUUUUUAGUUGUGGCACAUGAACUCUUGGUUGUGACAUGUGGGAUCCAGUUACCUGACCAGGGAUUGAACCCAGGCCCCCUGCAUUGGGAGCACAGAGUCUUAACCACUCAACCAACAACAGGAGGGUACUGAAAGUAAAGAUUUUUAAACUACCCUAAAUCUGGUGGCUCAGAUGGUAAAGAAUCUGCCUGCAAUGCGGGAGACCUGAGUUCAGUCACUGGGUUGGGGAGAUCCCCUGGAGGAGGGCAACCCACUCCAGUAUUCUUGCCUGGGGAAUCCCCAUGGACACAGGAGCCUGGCAGGCUGCAGUCCAUGGUGUUGUGAAGUGUCAGAUAUGACUGAGCAAAUAAGCAGACACCCUAAUCUGGCUGAAGAGAAGGAAUAUAUCAGCUCUUUUUCUCUGACAGCAUAACAUCUUUCCCGAGUUCCUUGAUUUCUACUGCAUGUUCCUAAUCUUAGAUUACUUUUGGGACCAAGACCUGUUUUCUCCAACAUUUGCUAGAGGUUAACUGUUCAAUGUCUGUAGGAAUAUGCAUUUCCCAAGAAGCCUUUAAUCAAGUGACAGAUGCUGAUAUGGGAACCUCCAUGAAGGAGGGCUGAGGAGACAAUCACCACUGAAUAUAGUGGUCAUCCAAAGACUAAGAAGAGGAAUGUUAGAUGAGUAGAAGGCAGAGACCCAGGUUGUAGUAGAUGUAGUAUGUUGAGCAAAAGGAAUCCGAAAGGACUAGAGUUGCAUCCCCACUGUCUGUUCUCAGAGGCCCUGAUGGACUACGAUCACAUGAGGAUCACCCUGACUUCCCACUUGGAAUUCUCAGGAGACUAGGACCUUGACGUAGGACAAGCAGCUUCAUAAAGCAGAGAGUGGAGUUACAGGAUUCGUCAUGAGUCAAUGUGAGGACCUGAAAGUGAACUCAUGGUAGCACACACUAUAAAAGGAGGCCCUGGAAAAUCACUGAUGCUGUGGUCCCCAGGAAGCGCUGGGCACAGAUGUCAGGUUGAUUUCAGUCUGGAAAGUCUCAGCGAGGUGAGGCCUUUGUCUAAUAGGAUCAGCCUGUUUCGCAGAGGGACGGACCUGAACCCAAGGAGGACGUCACAUGCGAUGCUGAGUGUUAGACAGGACCCCUGGAGAGGGAUCCAAACACAUUUCUGUAAAUUCUUAGCCCUGAGAGACCCAGAAGAGCUACUUCUGAGCGGUCCCCUCAUUCAACCUGUGUGAUCUUAGGGAGGACAGGGCCUCCUCUAGCAGAAUCGGACCCCAGAUCUGCAGAGGGGGGCAUCUUGACCAUAACCGGACUUAAGGUGAGGACCAUCAGUGCUAGUGAGAGGGUCUCUCCCCCUACGAGGGAGGCUCACUGAGUGGCGCCCCCUCCUGACAAGCAGAGAUGCUCAGAGCAGCACCCUGACUCCCGACACUAGGGACUUGGGAAGGCGAGGGCUUCGUUUGGGAGCUGGAGGACUCGGGUUCAUAGAAGGAGGUGUCCUGGGCUCUGAUACACUGCACAAGGAGGACCCAGGGACGGAUGAAUAUUGAGCUACCGGGUUUCCGUAGCACCCCGCCCCUGCCCCCUGCCCCUGCCCCGCCCUAGGAGACCCCACGUACGAAUGUAUGCAGGACUCCUCUUUUCCGCUUCCGAGGCGAGGAGCCCGACUGCUGGCUGCAGCGUCUGUUCAGCGGAGAUUGUGUACUGGACUCGUCCGGAGCCAAGGUUCCAGCAUCACCUACUUCCUGCCUGCUCCCCUGCCCGCUGUGCCUGCUGAUAGUCAUGCCUCGGGGGCAGAAGAGCAAGCGCCAUGGGCGUGAGAAACGCCGCCAGGCACGCAUGGAGGCCAAGGAUCUCGGGAAUGCUCAGGCUGCUGCCACCCCCACCCCUACUUCUGGGAGUACGCCCCUGGGCUCCCCACCUGCUGGUGCAGGCCAGAAGCCUCAGGGAGCUGCAGCCACUAGCUCUCCUGUUGCAGGGACUUCACGCCCAAGAUCUAAAGCACGUGGCAGGCGCCAAGUUGAGGAACGUAAAAAUUCUUCCCAGGCCUCAACCUCUGCUACGACCGCUCCUCUAGGUCUUCUGACCAAGAAGGCAGGAGUGUUGAUGUACUUCAUGCUACAGAAGUUUAAGAUGAAACAGCCCAUUAGGAAGAUAGAUAUGCUGAAGAUUGUCCACAAAGUGUUCAAGGCACAGUUCCCUGAAAUCCUCAAGAAAGCCACUGAUCGCAUAGAGCUGGUGUUUGGCCUUGAAUUGAAGGAAAUCAAGCCGAAUGGUUACUCCUAUACCCUGGUCAGGAAGGAGCACCUCGCCAAAGAUGGGGUGCUGGGCAGUACCUUGGAGGUGCCGAAGAAUGGGCUUCUGAUGCCUCUGCUGGGUGUGAUCUUCCUGAAUGGCAGUUGCGCCUCUGAGGCAGAGAUCUGGGACUUCCUGAAUGCUCUGGGCAUCUAUGAUGGAAAGAUGCACAUACUCUUUGGGGAGCCCAGGAAGUUCAUCACUGAAGAGUUGGUGCAGGAGAAGUACCUGGUGUAUCGUCAGAUUCCUGGCAGCGAUCCCCUGAGCUAUGAGUUCCUGUGGGGCUCAAGAGCCUACGCUGAAAUCAGCAAGAUGAAGGUGCUGGAGUUCUUGGCCAAGAUCAAGAGUACCGUCCCCAGUGCUUUCCCGUUGCAUUAUGCUGUAGCUUUGGGAGAAGAGAAGAGAUCCCGAGGCAGAUCUCUAGUUAGGUCUCGUGGUGCUGCCAGGGCCACUGCCUGCUCCAGGGUCCCACCCAGAGAUCCGUCCAGUGCCCAGUGAGUUCUCAGGUGGCAGCUUCACUUUCUUGGACGAAUACUGCCAACCUUUUAAGAAGUGAGAGGCUAAUGUAGGGCUGGAAAUGUCAAUACGUAUCUUCUUUGUGUUCCUGUUUUACACUAUUACCUUUCAAAUGUUGUUUCAUUUCCUAGAAUGUUUGUUUAGAUUCAGAAUCCAAGUUUACGAAUGACAUGGAUCACAGAUUUGUUGUUGUCUGUCAGAUCUAAGAGUAAGAGUUUUGGUACUGUGUAGUGUAAUUCAGAAAAUCCUUCAUCUUUUGGGGAUCCAGAACAAGAUAACACAGCUUUGGAAUAGUAAUUUUCUUGGAAAUGUGAAAGAAUGUUGUAGUUUUAAAACAGAUGAAAAUCAAGUAAGCUGUAGUCAAGUUUUGAUUUAUGUUAUUCACCUUUGUCUCUCUAUAACAUUCAGUAGUACCCUUAGCGAUAUAUUUAGAUGUUGUUAGCUUAUUCAAGAAUGCCGAUAAAAACAAUGAGAAACUACA